GACUUGGGUUGACCAGAAGUGUGUCAUUGCAGCGGUUGGUGUCAUUUGAGGACGUGGCUGUGGACUUCACCUGGCAGGAGUGGCAGGAGCUGGAUGCUGCUCAGAGGACCCUCUACAGAGAUGUGAUGCUGGAGAACUACAGGAGCCUGGUGUGGUUGGGGCACUGUUUAGCCAAACCUGAGUUGAUCUCCAAGUUGGAACAAGGAUUGGUGCCAUGGAGUGGUGCAGAAGCCACAGAGCAGUGCCUGCCAGAUGUUCAUAAAUGGAGUGCCCUGGCUGAAACAAGACAGCAAGCUCAAGAGAAGUAUUUAGGCCAACUUGAAAUCACCAAGAGAAAUUCAUCAAAUGAAGAUAUGGUUGAAGUAGAAAAAAUAUUCAGUGUGGACUCAAACUGUAUUUCAAAUAUGAACAUGAAGAAUGAAGUCUACUCUAGAAUGUUCUAUCAGGAGCUUGUUAAUCCAUGGCAAGAUGUACCUUUGCCUAGUGAUCCUGAUGAGAGGCAUGUAACAGAAGUAACUCAUGAUUUGAAUGGAAUUCAGGAAGUUCUCUCAUAUCCUGACCAUUUUACUCACCAUAGCAAGAAUCAGUGUUCAGAGGGUCAUUUUCAGUAUUUUGUGCCAGAUGAAGCCUUCCACAUGAACACAAUAUUAAUACCUAAGAAGUUUCAUGUUCAGGAAACCUCUAAGAAGUUCAGUGAGAAAUCCUUGGAUGAGGUAGCUCUUCCUGACCAAAAUAUGACUCAGUUAAGAAAGCAAGCUUUGGGAUGGAAUACAGAUCAUAAAAUGUUCCCUAGUAGGACUGAACUCAGCAACCAUGACAACAUGCACAUGGAAGAGAAAGAUUAUAAAUGUGAUUAUGAGAAACCCAUCCUUAACAAAUCACACCUUACAAAAUAUCAGGAAGCACAUGCAGAGAAAGAGCCCCAAGGAUGCAAGGAAAACAUCAAAUUACUCUGUCUGGAUGCUGAACUACAAACGGCUGAUCAGAAAGUGCACGUAGAGAAACAAAUUUAUGAAUGUAAAGUAUCUGGGAAAACCUUUGACCACGAGUCACAGCACAUCGACCAUCAGAGAUCACACACCUGUGAGAAACCCUGUGAGUGUGAAGAAUAUAGGAAAGCUGUCUAUGAUAAAUCGACCCUCACCCAACAUCAGAGACUUUAUACAGAUGAUAAAUCCUGUGAGUGUAGAGAAUACAGCCAGGCUUUCUACCAUAAUUCCCUACUGUCUCAAUAUCAGACAGCUCACACAGAUGAACAGCAAAAUGAAUGCAAAGAAUUAAUGAAAAUUUACUUCUAUAUAUCAAGCCUCACUCAACAUCACACUCCUACUCUUGAGAAGCCUUAUGGAUGUAAUGAUUGCAUGAAAACUUUCUCCCACAAGUCACAACUCACUCGCCAUCAGAGAACUCAUACGGGGGAGAAGCCCCAUGAAUGUAAAGAAUGCAGGAAAGCUUUCUGUCACAAGUCACACCUUACCCGGCACCAGGGAAUCCACGCACCUGAAAAACCCUAUGAAUGUAAAGAAUGUAAGAAAACUUUCUACCUGAAGUCACAGCUCACUCAGCAUCAGAGAACUCAUUCAGGUGAGAAGCCCUAUGAGUGUAAAGAAUGCCGGAAAGCUUUCUUCCGCAAUUCACACCUCACUCAGCAUCAGAAAAUCCAUACAGGGGAGAAGCCACACAAGUGUAAAGAAUGUGGGAAUGCUUUUGCCCGUAAGUCACACCUCACUCAACACCAGAAAACCCACACAGGUGAGAGGCCCUACGAAUGCAAAGAAUGUGGGAAAACCUUUUCUCGUAAAUCGCAAGUGAUGCAGCACGAGACAACUCAUACCGGUGAGAAACCCUAUGAAUGUAAAGAAUGCAGGAAAACUUUCUAUCUUAAGGCAUACCUCACUCGACACCUGGUAAUUCAUAAACCUGAAAAGCCGUUUGAAUGUAAGAAAUGUGGGAAAGCUUUCUCACGUAAGUCAUACCUCACACGCCAUCAGAAGACACAUAGAGGUGAGAAACCCAAUGUAGGUGAGAAACUGUAGGGACGCAAAUGAUAAAGACCUUCCUUCAACUAGGCAGACUCAACAGAGGGCUUACACAGAUGAGAAGCCCCCGUGCAUGUAGGAAACUGUGCUGCUGUUACUCCUCAGCCAACAUCAGAAAACUCAGGCCAGUAAUAAACCCUAUAAGUGUCAGAGUAUGAGAAAGUUUUAUACAGGAGUUAUGUCUCACUACAUGUCAGAAUACAUAAGCAGUUGGGAAGCCAUAGGAAAUGCAGGGAUCUAUGUUUCAAUUACACCUCUCUAUAAGUCAGUGAAUUCAUUUAGUGAGAAACCCUAUGAAUAUACACGAUGUAGUAAAGUUCAACACAACAAGAGAUGGAGUAUUCAGGCAUAAAUGCUGUCAAUGUAAACAGUGCAGAAAAGCUUUCCAUCAUAAAAUAUUCACUUACUGCCCAAGAACUUAUAACUGUGAUGCCAUUUAAGUUCAAACAACAUGGGAAAAAUUUCAGCAAGUCAGACCUCACUGCCUGCCAGAAAAUCACACAAGUGAGAAAACAUGCUAAUCUAGGGAAGCUUAGAGAGCCCUUGGAAAGUAAGGAAUCCUGUGAGUAUAAAUAAUCCAGAGAUGUUUCAAGGAGCACUUGCUUUUCCCCCCCCAUCUUCUCUGAGCACUGAUGCUUACAUUUCACUUGUACUGAGACAAGGCUAGCCUGGACCACAGAGUAAUAUGCCCUGUCCUUUUUUAAAAAGACUAGGUCUCUCUAUGUAGACCAGGCUGGCUUCAAACUCAUAGAGAUCCACCUGCCUCUUCCUCCAAAAUACUGGGAUAAAAGGUGUGUCCUACCAUGCCUGGCUUGUAAUAAAAAUGUUUUUAAUAAAGAAAGUCCAGUCAAACUAUAUUGGAUCCUCUCCUUAUAGGACAUUGGAAACACACCAGUUUGGAACCAUCUGAAAGUACUCUUAAAAACUUUUAGUGGGGUUUGAAGUUUGGCUGGCAUCAGAAUACCAUGGAGACAGACAUACAGGGAGAGUAUAGGGACUUUGCUGCUGUACCUCACUCACCUGUGCAUCAGAGGUCCAUGCUAGAAGCCUCCAUAUGUCGAGAUUGUGAAGUUCCUCAAACGUCUACAGGCAUUGCAGAGUCCAUUUGAAUGUCAACGGUUGAAAAAGGCUGGCAUGUGGUCCACUGUCAGAGUCUGUGUCAUGUGUUACCCAUCCUUUCAAAUUCAUGCAAGUAGCCUGUGUUGUCAAAUAUGCUCAAAUUAAUUGCAGUCCAUUGAUAAUGCUUUCUUUGGUUGCAUUCAGUAAAAUAAAUCUUAACAAUUUUUAUUUUUAAUUCAUUUAUUUUUGUAUGCGUGUGUGCAGUGUGUGUGCUUCUUGUGUGUAAACAUGGGCAUGCAUGUGCCACAGCAUAUGUCUGAAAGUCAGAGCACAACCCUGGGUGUUAGACUUUGCCUUCCACUUUGAGCCAGGGUCUACGUGUGCCAGACUGGCCAGGAUGCAAGCUUCUGAGACUCUCCUGUCUCCACCCCCAAUCUCACCAUAGGAGUACUGAGAGUACAGAUGUUUGCCACUGCAUCCAGCUUUCCAUGGGUUCUGGGGAUUCAAACUCAGGUCCUCAUGGCAAGCACUUUACUUACAGAGUCAUCUCCCUAGCAACAAGUUUUUUUGUUUGUUUGCAUUGUUUUAUGUGUUUGAUAUUUUAGCUGAGGGCUUGAAAUAUAGUCAAGGCUGUCUUCAAACUCAUAAUAUAACCCCGGAUAAUCUCAAAGUCUUGAUCCUCCUGCCCAGCCUCAGAUGUGUUUGGAUUACUAACACUUUGCUCGCCAUAAAUAAAGAAAUAAAUAAACAAAUAAAUAAAUAAAGGAGUUGGUGCAUAAAAAGAGUUGAUGCAUAAACAGAGGUUCCAUGCAUCAGCAAUCUGAGGAAGAAAGUAUCAAUUCAUACAACUUGACGUUAGUUUUCAAAUAGACUUGUUAAUUGUGGAUUAUGAGUCACAAUUUAAAUUUUAAAAAAGUGUUCUAAUAAACAUGAAUGAUGCUCUGUUUAUUCCACA